AUGGAAAUUUGGGCGAUGAAGAAUAAUUACGAUUUCCUUGUUACCAAAUCAACGAAAAAGUGGUGGUCUAUACGAUGUAAGGAUAAUACGUGCAACUGGACUGUGCGUGCGGAAUGUGUUGAUGGGUCUACAUAUUUCAUGAUCAAUAAGUGUGUGGGUAUACACUCAUGUGCUCCUUCAAAGAAAAGCAACUUCGGAAAAACGGCGUCGGCAAGAACUAUUGGAAAGCUGAUACAACAUCGAUUUGAUGAUGCCAAUGAUGGCCCCAAAGCAAACGACAUCAUUCAGUUUAUGAGGCUAGAACAUAGCUGCGAAAUUACUUAUUGGCACGCUUGGGAAGCUCGUGAGUAUGCAAUUGCAGCUGUUAGAGGUAUACCAGACGAAAGUUAUGCAAAGAUACCAAAAUAUUUGCAUAUGAUUAAAGAAGCUAAUCCUGGUACACACACUCACUAUGAAACUAAGAAGGAUGGUAGAUUCAUGUAUCUAUUUAUGUCGUUUGGGCAAUCAGUUAGAGGAUUUCACAGUCAUAUGCGUAGGGUGAUUGUUGUUGAUGGAACUUUUCUGAAAAAUAAAUAUAAAGGAGUUCUACUUGUUGCUACAGCUGUAGUUGGUAACUCCAACUUGUAUCCAAUUGCAUUUGGAGUUGCUGAUUCAGAGAAUGAAGAAUCAUGGGAGUGGUUCUUCAGACAGUUGAGUGUGGUUAUUCCUGAUAGUAAAGACUUAGCUUUUGUGUCAGAUAGACAUGCGUCAAUUGCUAAAGCAAUCAGGGAUGUCUACCCACGAUCAAAGCACGGAAUUUGUAUACACCACUUGAUGACCAAUGUGGUUAAAUUCUUCAGGACAAAGGGGUUCACUGCUUUGGUCGAGAAGGCUUCAAAGGCAUAUAGGUAUAGUGAAUUUCAGGAACGUUUCACAGAAAUUGUUGAUAUCAGUCCGGCACUUGGAAGAUAUCUACAGGAGGCUGAUGUGAGAAAAUGA